UGGUCGUAAGAUCGACACAUUGUCGUAAGUGAAAAUCGAUCGUAAGAUUUUUCCUUCCUUGGUUACCGACAACUGCCCAUGCGCAGUACAUAGUACGAGAAAAGCGGAAGUAGGCCUAGCAGACGAUUACGCAACACCCAAGUCUUGAAAAUGAGCGCUGACAGCAGCAGAAAGAAGAAUUGGAGUGCCGGAGAAAUAUCUCUCCUCGUGGAUCUCGUAUCCGAGAGGAAAGAUGUGUUGCGGGGGAGAUUUUCUCCGGCACUCACCUCAGCAGAUAAGGCUGGGGCUUGGGAGGCCAUCACCACAAGUGUAAAUGCAGUUGGUGGGAGUGGACGUACCACAAAAGAAGUAAAAAAAAAGUGGCAGGAUAUUCAAUCAUCAACUAAAAAAAAGGUAUCCACUAAGACAGGGGGUGGCCCUCCCCCUGAGGACACCAAAGAUUGGGAGAAGAGGAUCAUUGGAAUCAUCUCUGACAAAGUUAUUUAUGGGAUUGACGGGGGUACAGACACUCUAGAGGUCUCAACAGGAACAGUUCUUAAAGCAUGUAGUGAGAGUGAAUGCAGAACUAGUGCACAGGCAGUGCUACCUGGGGUAUCUGCCACAGAGACUGGAGCUACCUGUAGCACCUCAGCGGAGGUAACCAGUGAGUUUGAGCCAGUGGUCAUUAAUAAGCGUAAAACUUUAGAAGAACAGGAUGGCUCCAAGAGAAGCAAAUGUGAGAAACAAAGCAGCAAAAAGCAGAAGAACACAGGUGUGUUGAUUUUUCUUGAACAUGAUAUCUUGCAAACACUGACAAUUUGGGCCUCCUGAUUCCAAAUACAUUCACAACUCUUAUUUUAGGAUUUUUAAAAAUUAUCUUUUGAGUUAUUUUGCUCAAAAGGACAUUAUAGAGGGAGAAAAAGUUAUACUGCAGAUCAUUAAUUUUUGCGACAUCUUAUUUUCACGAGAUAGUGAAUUACUCUUGAUAAGUGAGGUAAAAUAUAUACAUGUACUGUGGUUUCAUCAAUAUUCGUUGAGCACCAAUUUUCGUGGAUUUCGUUGAUGAUCAGAUCCACGAAUUCAAAUGUUCAUUGAAUUACGAAAUAUGACAUUCAUUGAUAAAACCACAGU